CGCUCCCCGUUCCACCAGCCCCACCGCCUGAACCACUCCUUAAAGCCAUGCGCCCUAUUAUCUCUCGCCUUUACACUCGACCACCACCAUCUCCAUCUCACCGCGCUCACCACUCACCGCCAUGAUUGCGACUGCAACUGCCCCGAGCAUCGUCACCUCCGAGGUCCCAGUGGUCAACGGCGACAUCCUGCGCGCUACCGGCUCCCCUGCCGAGUCUCUGACUGCGGACGACGUCGACAUCGCACCGCCUAAGACAGCUGCUACCCGGCGACCUUCCAUUGCAGAGGCCGUCGGGAUCGACCUUGAGGCUGUAGGCAGAUCGGAGGCCCGGAAGAUCAUGUCCGAAGAGCACCGGGUGCUCGGUUUCCGCCCGCCCCACGGCUCGCUCGCUGCAGAGGUGCAGGCUGCGGCCGCGAAGCACCCCGAGGGAAAGCCGGGCAAGCAGCUCCCCGACCCCGUCACGCUCAAGGAGCUCGCCCGCCAGGACGCCGAGCGCAUCCUCGCCGAACGCAAGACCAACGUCGAUGCGAGCUCGCCCGGCGUCAAGGUCAUCCACGCGAACGGCGCGAAGGCCGUCUCACCGCCCGCCACAGGCGGCGUGAACCUCGGCGCCAUCAGUGCCACUGAGGCGCGUACGCUCAUGUCGCACGAGCACAAGGCACUGGGCUUUCGUCCGCCGCCCGGCUCGCUCGCUGCUGAGGCGCAGGCGGCCGCCUCGAAGCACCCCGAGGGCGCAGGCGUCCCGACGGUCGACCCCGAACUGCUGAAGGACAUUGCGCUCAAGGACGCUGAGCGCAUCAAGGCCGACCGCGAGGUAAACUUGGUGGGCGAGGUCAACGUCAGCACCAUCGGCGAGGCUGGGGCAGAGCAUCUCGCCAACGCAACGAAGGAGGCUCUCGGACACACCCCGCCGCCCGAUUCACUCGCAGGCGAGGCGCAGCGCGCAGCGGAGGCAUACCCUGAAGGCGGCAGCUUCCCCGUGAUGGAUGGCGACGUGCAGCGCAUCGAGGACGUCGGUCGUCGGGAAGGCGAGAAGCUCAAGGCGCAGGAGGCCGCGGAGCAGCCGACGGUGGAUGGACACACCGCGUGAAUGGGCUCGUGGGCGACGUCGCGUCCAUCCAACUGAGCGACUUCCACAGGCCGUCGACGGGCGGCGGCCUGGCAAGCCCCGAAAACUUGUCGAUGAAGCACGGACUCGGCGCCGUGCUGCGCUCGUCGGUAAUGCGCCGCAUCUCGACGGGCGAUUCCGUCGAAAUCAUCGGAGACGUCAUUGGCUGAAGGCCGUGACAGGAUAUCCCCCCGUAACUUAUCAAACCCAACGUCCCCUCACAGCGCAAGUGUACGAUUGUGAUGAGUAUUUUAUGUCGCUGUCGUGCUAUAAUCGUCUGUCCGUCCAAUGUAUCGUCAUAGCUCUGUCGAGAUCAGCAAUACCCCGCUAGUCGGCGUGUAUAUACAUAUAUCGAUUCCACCUCGAAACGAAGUCUCGUUGUCUUAGAAGUCCAA